AGCCGGGGGGGAGCGCGGUGGACGCCGCCGAUGCGGAGCGGGGCCGUCGCGGGCGGGUGUGGGCGGGAUGGCGGCGGUGCCGCUGCGGCCCUGCAGAGCCGCCGGCCGCCUCCUGCCGCUGCUGUGCGGCGGGGCAAGGAGCAAGGGAGCCUCCCUGAGCCCCGGAGUGCCCGGCCGCCUCUCCCAGCGGCGCUACAAGAAGGACGUGUUGCCCUCCCCCGAGGGGCCCGUGCCCUCCGUCUCCAUCACCGAGAUCCGGCAGUACCUGCGUGCUCAGGGCAUCCCCUUCCACGACGGCUACAGCUGCCUGCACACCCCCAGCCUCUUCACCAACGGGCGGGAGGACCAGCUGCCGUCUGCCGGUGCCCCGUACACGCUUUUCAUUGAUAAAACGACAGGCAGCUUCCUCUGCACGGCUACCCUGGCCGAGGGCACCUGGCAGGACUUCCAGGCCAACGUAGAGCUGCAGCACCGCGGCAUUCCUCCUGCCAGCGCAGAGGAGCCGGAGGGGGACGCACAACGGGCUCAUGAAGAUGCCCGCUGCAUCUGGGACCGGGCGUUGCCUCUCUGGGAGCUGCUGGAUGAGGAUGAGACCAACAAGACCAAGGCCAUGUUUGGCAUCUCCCUGGUGGCAGACGCCACCCUGAAGCGUUUUGGGGUGCGAUAUCUGAGGACUGCGAAGUCCCUUGUCUUCCCCUGGUUCAGUCCCCGCGAUGCAACCCUGAAGGGCCUGAAGCUUCUGAGGGUGGAGAAGAAGGGGGAUGCAACAGUUUACGUGGAAGAGACCUUACCCCGCUUUGAUUGCUAUCACAACCUCUUUGGGCUGCCACUGAUUGGCCGCCGGGACACAGAGCUGGUCUUAACCGGGUGGGAGCUGGAUGCCCUGGCCCUGCACCAAGCCACAGGGGUGGCCAGCCUGGCCCUGCCGCGGGGGGCUACCUGCCUGCCUCCCACCCUCCUCCCCUACCUGGAGCAAUUCAAACGCAUCACGCUGUGGCUUGGUGAGGACCUGCGCUCCUGGGAAGCUGCCAAGCUCUUUGCUCGGAAGCUGAACCUUAAGCGCUGCUCCCUGGUGCGCCCUGGCAACCUGCAGCCCCGGCCCUUGGAGGCUCUGAACCAGGGCCUGAACCUCACCAAGAUCCUGCGUACUGCCCUGCCUGCCAGCCACAAAUCCAUUGUCUCCUUCCGGCAGCUGCGCGAGGAGGUGUUCGGGGAGCUGGUCAACACCGAGCAGGUGGCCGGUGUCAAGUGGGCGCGCUUUCCUGAGCUCAACAAGCUCCUCAAAGGGCACCGCAGAGGGGAGCUCACUGUCUUCACAGGCCCGACAGGCAGCGGGAAGACGACCUUUAUCAGUGAGUACGCACUGGACCUGUGCAUGCAGGGGGUGUGCACCCUGUGGGGCAGCUUUGAGAUCAACAACGUCCGCCUGGCAAAGAUCAUGCUGACGCAGUUUGCUGCUCAGCGCCUGGAGGACCAGCUGGAGCUGUAUGACGAGUGGGCUGACCGCUUUGAGGACCUCCCGCUCUAUUUCAUGACCUUCCACGGCCAGCAGAACAUCAAGACAGUGAUCGACACCAUGCAGCACGCUGUUUACAUGUACGACAUCACCCACGUGGUCGUCGACAACCUCCAGUUCAUGAUGGGACACGAGCACCUCUCUAUGGACAGGAUCGCUGCCCAGGACUACAUCGUCGGUUCUUUCCGCAAGUUCUCUACAGACAACAACUGCCACAUCACGCUGGUCAUCCAUCCCCGCAAGGAGGAUGAUGAAAAGGAGCUGCAGACAGCCUCCAUCUUUGGCUCCGCCAAGGACCGUAAGCUGGUGACAGGGCCAGGGAAGCGCUUCUUGCAGGUGUCCAAGAACCGCUUUGACGGGGAUGUGGGCAUCUUCCCUCUGGAUUUCAACAAGGCCUCGCUUACGUUCUCGUCUUCUGGCAAAAGCAAGGUGAAGCUGAAGAAGAUGAAGGACGAGAAGGCGCUUUCAGCCAAGAAAGCUCAAGAGGGAGGCUCGGGAACCUCUAAGAAGCCGUGAGCCUGACAGGUCUCUUCCUCAGUCUGCCAGGAGUGCGGAGGGCUGGUACUGGGAGCAUGGGGCUGGGGUGUGUCAGCCCUUCUCCACUGGGAGCAGCAGCCACACACCGUGGUGGCCCUUUCUCCUGCGCGAACAAGCCUCUUGGUCACCAGCACAGUGCCUCUGAGGUGUAGGGCCACCGUGAGAGGAAACAUGGGCUCAAGCUGGAGAAGAGCGGCCAGGGAAAGGUGCUUUGUCAAAACCUGGCCACUCCAUGCUGGUGCUGAGUGCCAGAGCACAGCGGGGGGAGCGGAGUCAGCAUGGGCUGGGUGACAGGGGGCAGUGACCUGCAGCCUGGGACUUGGGGAUCUCUGGAUAUGGAAAUUGUGGCUAAAAUGGAGCCAAAAUCCUUGGCUAUCAGUGGUGGGAGGGACUGCAUAGAGGGACACAUGGUGGGCACCCACUGCCCCAGCACAGGUGGGGGUCUCUGGUCCCUGUCCUGGCUGAGAUGGAGCCAGAAAGUGGAAGGUGAUGGAGGAAAGCGUGGGAGGUUGUGUGCUCUCUGUGGCAUGUGGUGAGAGGGUGGGCACCAGACCUGUCACUGCUCUGGCAGGUUGAAAGCAGCGCUGGGGUCCUCCUGGCGCCUGCCCCUUUGCUCAGGGACCCCCGAGCCCCUUCUCAGGGCCAUCACCAGCAGUGAAACCAUGAGGCGGAGCAGCCUGGCCUUGCCCUGCCAGGCUUUGGGGCAGCCACCCCCGUGCCCUCUGGGCUGUGGGCAGCCAAUACUGUGACCUGGCCAGUCCUCGCUGUGGUAGGACACAUCCACGGCUGGAUCUUGGUCCAAUCCCUUUGGUUUUUUUCUCUUUCCUAGUUUUAUUAAAGCAGAAA